AUGGCGACGGGAGGAGUGAAAUCGGCGGGAACGGCGACGAAGCCGGCGACUUCAACACCGGUUUCCGAGUGCCUGAAGGAAGCGCUAAGGGAGGUAAAAAAGGCGCGCGAAGAAGCUCGGGUACGCGAAGCGGAACACCGCGAAGAGCUCCGCAAGGAGAAGGAGCUCUUCAACGCUCUUCUAGCGCAAAGCCUUGGUGGAACCGGCGGAGCUCGGCUAGAGAGCCAGCAGGAACUGCAGCGGGAGCAGGAGCUGCUUCGGAGGAUGGAAAGCCAGCAACGACAAGAACAGCGGCAGCAGCUGGAAGAUCAACAGCGCCAAAGGUGGCGUCAGCAGCAGCAGCAACAACAACGGCAGCAGCGGCUACCUGCGCAGCAAUGGCCGACGGUGCAGCAGAGCGGGCGUGCUCAGCGUCAGGGCGUGGCGGAGUCGGCAUCCUCGGCGGUACUUGACGAGCCAGGAACGUGGGUGGAGGUCGUUCGCGGCAAUCGGCGUGGGAAUAAGCAGAAUGGAGUGAAUCUGCCCCGGCAGUCAGCCCAGCAGCAGCCAGCACACCGGUAG